CCGCCUCAGACUCUCGCACUUAAAAACACUCAGUGCUUAGCUCUCUAUUCUCGUUGCAACAAUGGGUCCUCCUCGUGGCCGUAGUGGUGGAUUCGGUGGCCGUAGCGGUGGAUUCAGGGGCAGAGGUGAUGGAGGAGGAAGAGGCAGAGGAGGAGGAAGGUUUGGUGACAGAGGAAGUACCAUGAAAGUGCGUGGCGGAGGACGUGGUGGCCGUGGUUUUGGUGGAAGAGGCCGAGGUGGUGGUGGAGGAGGUAAAGGUGGUGGAGUGAAAGGUGGAAGUAAGGUGGUGAUUGAGCCUCAUAGGCAUGAAGGUGUGUUCUUUUCUAAGGGUAAAGACGAUUUUAUUCUCACUAAGAAUUUGGUCCCUGGUGAAUCUGUCUACAACGAGAAACGGAUCUCUGUCCAGAAUGAAGAUGGAACAAAAGUUGAAUACAGGGUUUGGAACCCAUUUCGGUCAAAGCUUGCUUCUGCCAUUCUUGGUGGGGUUGAUAAUAUAUGGAUUAAACCUGGUGCGCGGGUACUUUACCUUGGGGCUGCUUCUGGAACCACAGUCUCUCACGUGUCUGACAUUAUUGGCCCUACUGGAGUGGUUUAUGCAGUGGAGUUUUCUCAUAGAAGUGGUAGAGAUUUGGUUAACAUGGCAAAGAAGCGUACUAAUGUUAUCCCAAUCAUUGAAGAUGCUAGACAUCCUUCCAAGUAUCGAAUGCUGGUUGGCAUGGUGGAUGUGAUAUUUUCUGAUGUUGCUCAACCGGAUCAGGCAAGGAUUCUAGCUUUGAAUGCAUCAUAUUUUCUGAAAGCUGAAGGUCAUUUUGUAAUUUCCAUCAAGGCUAAUUGCAUAGAUUCCACACAGCCUGCUGUGGCCGUAUUUGACAGUGAAGUGAAUAAGCUAAAGCAGGAUCAGUUCAGGCCAGCUGAACAAGUUACUCUUGAACCUUAUGAGCGUGAUCAUGCUUGUGUGGUUGGUGGCUACCGUGUCCCCAAAAAAUCAAAACCUGCAUCCUAGAACAAUGUAGGCCAUCUAAUGUUAAUGCUUUUUUUUUUUUUUUUUGGCCUGUUUGUGACUAGAGAAAGGCCUCUAAUAAUAUUAGAAUUGAAUAGAACCCAAGUUGGUAAGUGCAUCAGCACAUUGAGAUUGACUUCCCUAAAUAAAUGUUAAAGGCUUAAAGCGUCUUGAGGUCAAUUUCAGUCAAUGUUAUUUUCCAUUAAUUUUAUCAAAAGGGCCACAAGCAUUUAGGUGAGAGUUUGUACUUGGAAAGGUUGGCCUGUUUGGUUGUAUUGUUUAAACAACACAAUACGUAUUUCCACAAUAC